UGCUGGCGCGCUCUAUAAGGGGAUUUAAGCCGCAGAGAGAGCGGGAGAGGCAGGGACCGAUUCACCAUUGAUCUGAAUUAAAUACUUCUCUCUCUCUCUCCCUAAAAAUCUGCCCUUUUGAGUUUUAUUCUUUGCUUCAGGUGACAGCACACAACGCAAACUGCAGAAUGGGGAAACAGAAUAGCAAACUGGCCCCUGAAGUGAUGGAGGAUCUGGUGAAGAGCACGGAGUUUAACGAACAUGAACUCAAACAGUGGUACAAAGGAUUUCUAAAGGACUGUCCUAGUGGUAGACUGAACCUUGACGAAUUUCAGCAACUUUAUGUAAAGUUUUUUCCAUAUGGAGAUGCUUCAAAGUUUGCCCAACAUGCCUUCAGAACCUUUGAUAAGAACAGCGAUGGAACCAUUGACUUCAGAGAGUUCAUUUGUGCAUUGUCCAUCACCUCAAGGGGUAGUUUUGAACAGAAACUAAACUGGGCCUUUAAUAUGUAUGACCUUGAUGGAGAUGGUAAAAUUACAAGAGUGGAGAUGCUGGAAAUUAUAGAGGCCAUUUACAAGAUGGUGGGCACUGUGAUAAUGAUGAAAAUGAAUGAGGAUGGUCUCACGCCAGAGCAACGAGUAGACAAGAUCUUCAGCAAGAUGGAUAAGAACAAAGAUGACCAGAUCACACUGGAUGAAUUCAAAGAAGCUGCAAAGAGUGAUCCUUCCAUUGUAUUACUCCUGCAGUGUGACAUUCAAAAAUGAGCUAAUGUAAAAUGCAUUAUGGACUGCACAGAAGUUUAGAUGUUCCAUUCAGUUUGCAGCUAUUUCCACACACACACAAAAAUUGCUUGGACUACCUAUAAAUGGACUUGCUUCUUGUGUUUGAAACACUCGUGUGCAUGAGAAUGUCAUUUGCUAAAGAAUUUUAAAAGUAUAUAUUAUAAAAAUAAACUGCCACAAUGUGAUGUGUGCAAUGUCAUUUCAUAACAAUCCUAUUCCUCUGAAGCCUGUGCAGCAGUACCGUGCUGCAGUGAAAUACUAUUGAUUGUUCGUUUUACUGAUGCUAGCUACGUGUCUCCUAGCCUGAGUAAUGUUAGUGACACUGACUUCCCAUGGUAAUGUAACUGUUGAUUAUAAACCAUGUCACCAUUCUGCUGUAAAGUAGUACUGGACAGACAGAGGCGAAAGUUCCUCAGUUCAUGAGUCUGAUCCACACAUGUGCUUGUAUUGUCAGUGAAUAUAAAUGUAAUUCAUUUGCAUGCCUUUUAGGUUUGCCUUAAUUCUUACCUCAUUUGCAUCCUUUCAAUCUGGAAAGAGCUAUGUCAGAGGAAUGCGGUAUGAACAAAGUUAAGUAAAUCCUGCUAAAAUGUUCCCUUAAUUAAAAAGUAUAUAUACAUUUAAAAUAUUGUAUUACUGGAAGUUUAAAAAAGUUUUAUUGGAAGUAUAUUGAUUUCUGCCUGAAUUUUCAAAAGCUUCCAAAGAGGUUGCAAUAUAU